AUGUCUCACACUCUUCGUUCCGGAGCUGUCUACAACACCCCUCCUCCGCGCCGUCCUCGUGUUCAAGGACCAAAUGUAAUUCAUAAUCGGGACUACAUCGUCUCAAAUCACUCGGAUAUUCCCUUGGGCCUCGUACGCAAAAAGGUUGCUUCGUGCCGGCUCGAGUUUCUAGAUGUCGGCCCAAUAGAUGAAGAGGAUCCUAAUGACCCUAAUCGAAAUAACCAUACUAUUCUCCGACUCACGUUCUUACGCCAGCUGGGUGACGAUACCCCUUAUGCGCCUAUCGGUACCAGGGGAGUUAUCCUAGACUUGGAAGGUAUGGAGGCACUCAAUGGAACAAAUACAUCUAUACUAAUGAUGUCUACCUUUGGAUACGAAGGCCUGCAUCAGUUAGCGCUCCACUCGGUAGAAGUACCUAUGGGCCGUGAUAAGUCUGUUUGGGAUUGUGUUAGGAUCAUUCGAAGCACCGGUUUGGUCCCUUGUCACCUUGAUCCCACUAACACGGAAUUGGUUGGCUGUAGAGACUUUGUGUCGCAACUGAUUUAUCAAUUGAAUGAGCACAGGUUCCUGAGGCUUCCGGCUAAUGCUAACACUACGAUUUUCAACCAUUUCAACUACAGAUAUAAUUGGAUAGAUGGCUCUGCAGGUAGUAACAAAGUGCUCAGCAGUGUGGCGUAUGCGCUCUUUAGACAGUCAUACCAACAUGUGAUGAUUGGUGGUAUCACAUAUACUGGAACUCGUCAAUUCAUUCAGUAA